CACAAAAACGGUAACACUAAAAAAGCCGCUACAUUAAAUUGGAUUGUUUUUCUGAUUCUUAACUGCAAAAGCUACUUUUAAACCAUGGCCAAACAUCAUCCGGAUUUGAUCUUUUGUCGCAAGCAACCUGGUGUGGCCAUUGGACGCCUGUGCGAAAAAGACGACGGAAAGUGUGUGAUCUGUGACUCCUACGUCAGGCCCUGUACCCUUGUUCGAAUCUGCGAUGAAUGCAACUAUGGAUCAUAUCAGGGAAGGUGCGUUAUCUGCGGCGGACCUGGAGUUUCGGAUGCCUACUACUGCAAGUCCUGUACCAUUCAGGAAAAGGACCGAGACGGUUGCCCCAAAAUCGUGAAUCUAGGUAGUUCCAAGACUGAUCUCUUCUACGAACGCAAGAAAUAUGGAUUCAAACAGAACUACUGAUGUGCUCUCCACUACCUCAUACAUUUCUAAUAAAUUUUUAUUGUAGUUUAAUACAUAAACAGAAGGUUUUGAUAAAUGAA